UUUAUCGGCACAGUUGGCUCCCCGCUGCAGCAAUGAGCGGGCGGUUGUGUUUUUUGGUCUUUGCGUUUCUCCCCUUUGGAAUCGCCCAGCUUGAAACUGCUGGUCGAGAAGCCAGGUGGGCUCCCUAUGGGGAACCUUAUCAGGAACGGGUGGUCAGCAUGCUUCCCGGCACUGAUUUCCCGCCUUCCUUUCCUCCGUGGUCGCCUCUGAACCCUUUCGAAUAUCCGCCUCCAGCGCCUCCGUCAAUUCCAUUUCCAUACGGCCCUCUUGCCCAGUACUAUCCGCCUCCACCGCCUCCGCAGCCGCCUGUGGUCAUUCCUGUUGUGGCCAAUCAGGAAAAACAGGAGCAAAAUUCAAAGGACUUGGACGUUGGAGUUUACACCGGCAUGGACAUUCCCUGGACUCACAUUCCUCCCUUCAGCACUACCUACAAAGCGGGACUGGGAGCCCAAACACCUCCACCCUUAAUGGGCAAUUACUAUCCUGCGCCUACUUACCCGCAGCCACCUGCACCUCCAGCGUAUUACCCACCACCUGCCUAUCCCUCUUAUUAUCCACCACCACCGCCACCACCGAGUCAACCCUUCGCAUGGCCCUACGGAUAUGGAGGACUUGGUCACUGGCACCCGAGGUCAGCCCAAUAUCCAAACAACCUGAUGCGCCAGCAGGGCGGAUUUGGCAUCAGGAGAGAUGACGAUGACGUCAAACUGACUGUAAAUCCGAGUUUUUGAACUUCUUAGAUGCACGUACCAAAGGACGGUCCACCUGGUGGUGUUUUGGUCAUGGAAAUGAAAGCCAACGUCUAUCGUCCCGUUUAUUAAAUGUAUUUUCAUGACAAACUUUCAAUCACUCAAAUAAAUCAAUUCCAAAUGACGUAGAG